GGCCACUAACGCCGCUUUCUCUCCCAGCAGGGUAACCGAGCAGAUCCGGCCAGGCGAGCAGCGCAGCCAGACCCCCUUCAGCAACCAUGACCAGGAAAUUCUUCGUCGGUGGAAACUGGAAGAUGAACGGGGACAAGAAAAGUCUCGGCGAACUCAUCAACACCCUGAACAGCGCCAAGAUCAGCGGAGACGUGGAGGUGGUGUGUGGGGCUCCUUCCAUUUACCUGGACUUCGCCAGGUCCAAGCUUGAUGCCAAGAUCGGUGUGGCUGCACAGAACUGCUACAAGGUCGCCAAGGGUGCCUUCACCGGAGAGAUCAGCCCUGCGAUGAUUAAGGACUGUGGCGUGGGGUGGGUGAUCCUGGGACACUCUGAGCGGCGUCACGUGUUCGGAGAGAGUGAUGAGCUGAUUGGUCAGAAGGUGGCUCACGCUCUGGAGAGUGGUCUGGGUGUGAUCGCCUGUAUCGGAGAGAAGCUGGACGAGAGGGAGGCCGGCAUCACUGAGAAGGUCGUCUUCGAGCAGACCAAAGUCAUCGCAGAUAACGUUAAGGACUGGAGUAAAGUGGUGCUCGCUUACGAGCCUGUCUGGGCCAUCGGCACUGGCAAAACUGCAUCUCCACAGCAGGCUCAGGAGGUGCAUGACAAGCUGAGGCAGUGGAUAAAGGCCAACGUCUCUGAGGCUGUGGCUAGCUCUGUUAGGAUCAUCUACGGAGGUUCCGUCACUGGGGCAACCUGCAAGGAGCUGGCGUCCCAGAAAGACGUGGACGGCUUCCUGGUUGGCGGCGCUUCACUGAAGCCAGAGUUCGUCGAAAUCAUCAACGCAAAAGCAUAAAAGAACCUCCCAGACGGAACGACUGAGGCCAACCGCACCCGUCUCUCCCAACCAUCCUGCUCCUAACUCCAAGCACUUGGACCCCAUUCGAACUUUCAUUUUUCCAAAGUGGUCUUGUGAUGCUGUUGCAUCGUUGUAAUUUUCUUCGUUUUGUGUUGUCGUUGAAGGAGAUCGACAGUAAAUGGCACUUGGUGAAGGUAGUAUCACUGAAGGGAAGUACUGUGUGAGCGGUUCCGUUACUGACCCUCCACAAGAUAAACUACUUGCGUUAGACUAACCAGCACAGGGCGCAAAGGCCUCGCCUUUACUUGAACAUUGUUUACCGACCCCUUUUUGUGUAUACGGUUUCAACUCCGACAAAAAGCCAAUCGCUUGAGUGUCUUUAUUUUGUUUUCCUUAAGUCUGUGCAGUUUUCCAUUACUGUAGUUCUGCGUCUUGCCUGUUUAAUUUAAUACUGUCUCAGCCGCUUUCUGGCCACAGAGGCUAGAGGUUGUUCUUUACAUGUCAAUCAUGGUGUCCCGGCCAAUGGUGGUAAAAGGUAAAGACAAGUAGGAACGUUCUAAUAAAUGUUGGAGUAGAACAUGA